AUGGUAAAGCCAAAUCCUUUUUUGUUGGGACGGUUUCUGGACCCGUUGUUUGCUCUUACUGUGGGAACCAUGAGUUACUAUUCUUAUGAGAAAAGGGUCGGAAGAGCUGAAGGCCAUUCUUUGAAUGAGCUUGUCUGGAAAAGAGUGGAGAGAAUUCGCGCUGGUAAUCAAUCUAGGCGCAUUUGA